UCUUACUCGUGUUCUCUGUAGAUUUUGUUAUUGCUUUGUCGUCCAGACAGGUAAGAGAAGUGUGUUUCUCUUUGUUCUGUCUCUAUGGUGUCUUUUUAUCACGUGGGAUCUGAAUUUUCAUUAGUUUUGCGGUAUUCACAAGUGUUUCCCAAUUUGGGAAUGUUUUCUUUGUAUUUCUGUUUUGAAUAGUGAUUGUUAAUACUUAAUUUUGAUUGGAGUCUAUUCAGCUUUUAGAUUCUAAUAAGUAUGUGCUAAAAAGACAACCAUCUAUUUUCCAUCAUUAUUCUCUGAGUUUUGAAAUUGUAAUUAUUGAGAAAUUCCGCGAAUUAUAAACUCGAAAAAAGCAAAAAAGAACUAAAGAGAAAGAAGCUAUUGAAAUAAAUAUCUAGUUUAGGAUUUAUUCGUUGAUCAUGUGAAUGAAUAAUUUCUUUUUACAGUAGUAAGUUUUCAUUUUCACUAAAAGAAGUUUCUCUGAAAAUCUAAAAAGAAUAGUGUAUCAAAGUGAUCUUUGCACAUGAUUGUUGGAGAAGGAACUACUUCUGAUCUCUGCUUCUUUUUCUUUUUGAGCUUAGAAUUAACAUUGUUGCUUCUAUUGGUUUGCUACUCUCUUGUCUGAACUUUAUGUUGGCAUUGAGUUUUUGUUUUGGACUCUUUUUAAAGUUUUAUCUGGAAAAGAUGGAAGUUUGCGGAGACUCUGAUAACUUAAAGAACCGCCACUUGACUCCACUUAGGACUCUGAGGGGUCUCAUCAUCUUACUCAUCUUCCUCUCUACUGCCUUCAUGUUCCUCAUCUACUUCGCACCACCUUUUGCUCUAGCUCUACGCCUUCUCAGCGUCCACCAAUCUAGAAAAUCUAUAUCCUUCAUCUUUGGUCACUGGCUAGCUCUAUGGCCUUACCUCUUCGAAAAAGUCAACGGAACAACAGUAAUUUUCUCCGGAGACACCCUUCCCGUAGAGAAACGUGUUUUGCUAAUAGCAAACCACAGGACAGAGGUGGACUGGAUGUAUCUUUGGAACAUCGCAUUGAGGAAAGGCUGUCUUGGUUACAUCAAGUACGUCCUCAAGAGCAGCUUGAUGAGGCUGCCUAUCUUCGGCUGGGGGUUUCAUGUUCUUGAGUUCAUACCAGUUGAGAGGAAGCGUGAGGUGGACGAGCCUGUUAUGCUUCAAAUGCUUUCAACGUUUAAAGACCCUCGUGAGCCCUUGUGGCUAGCUCUCUUCCCUGAAGGAACUGACUUCACUGAAGAGAAAUGCAAGAGAAGCCAAAAGUUUGCAGCCGAAGCUGGUCUUCCAACGCUAUCAAACGUACUUUUACCGAAGACAAGAGGCUUUAGCGUUUGCUUAGAAGCUCUACAUAACUCUUUGGACGCAGUAUACGAUUUGACCAUCGCAUACAAGCCUCGCUGCCCAUCUUUCAUGGACAAUGUAUUCGGUACUGAUCCUUCAGAAGUUCACAUCCACGUUAAGCGAGUUCUAGCAAAGGAGAUUCCAGCAAGCGAGGCAGGGUCUUCUGCUUGGUUAAUGGAUUCGUUUAAGUCCAAGGACAAGCUGCUAUCUGAUUUCAAUGCUCAGGGGCAGUUCCCAAAUCAAAGACCAGAAGAAGAACUAUCUAUUCUCAAGUGCAUUGCAACAUUUGGAGUGAUAGUAUCUUUGACGGUACUGUUUCUUUAUCUGACCUUGUAUUCACAUAGCUGUUUCAAAGUAUAUGUUGGUCUAAGCUUCACAUAUUUGUCUUUUGCUACUUACUACAAGUUCCGGCCCUCACCAUCUGUUGGCUCUUGUAAAGGAGGUUCUUGUAAAGAAUCAAAAACCCAUUAACUCUGUUGUACAUACAUUUUUUUUCAGACAAGAAUAUACAGGAUGAUAAGAUUUAUUUGACUUGUA